AUGGACCCUGCUUUGAGUCUGCAGGUCACCCUGGCCUCUCAUGUUUCAAACCUCCAAGCUUCAUCAUCUUUUCCUGUACCCAUCACCAUCUCUAUUCACAACCACGCGCAAGCUCCAGUAACCCUCUUGACAUGGAACUCACCCCUGGACUUCCAAGCCGGAGUUCUGGGGGUUUUUGAGGUCUGCGAUACCGGAAAUGGACAAGCCAUUCCCAUCGACACGAUCAAGGUGUCCAGAAAGCUCCCGGCAACCCCCGCAGAUUUGGUCGAAAUACCAGCCGGUCAGGCCUUCGAUCGAACUAUCAAGCUUCCCGCAUUUGAAUGUGAAGAGGGGCAUGAAUAUUCCAUUCGAGCCCAGGGAAUAUGGCAUGCAGUGUGGGAGAUGCCGUUGACAGACGUGACGGAAUCUCACCUCGCGGAUUUAACUGGAGCUACACGCGGAGAAUUCCAGUCGAAUGUUGCCCGUGUGAAAAUUAAUUGA